CCAUAGUUUAGAAUAAACGAAAACAUAAAAACAAACCUAACCGGAACAUGUGAUCAUGAAAAGUUGAAAUUGAAACACCAAAUCGUAGUGUCAUAUACAAAUAUACAAACAAAUAUACUAGUUUUAGUAUAUAUAUAAUAUUAUAUAUAUAGUGUUACGAGUGAUGGCGCAGUGAAUUUUAAAGUUGGUGGUUGGUCAAAAUGCUCACGAUGUCUACGCUCAUGAUGCCUGCUGCUACCAUGACCACGAUGACCAACGCUGGGCCGAUCCCAGUGGCUGCUGCGACCAAGCUGGAGCCAGCCAAGCUGCUCCAGCUGCCGCAUCCAGCUCUGAUGCAGCAGUUACCGCAACAGCCGCCGCAUCAUCAUCAGCAUCAGCACAACAAUAAUAAUAAAGAGCAUUACCAUAUCUUCGUGGGUGACUUGAGUCCAGAAAUUGAGACGCAGAGCCUCAGAGAUGCCUUCGCGCCUUUUGGAGAAAUCUCGGACUGCAGAGUAGUGCGGGACCCGCAGACUCUAAAAUCCAAGGGCUACGGGUUCGUGUCGUUUUUGAAGAAAUCGGAGGCGGAGGCAGCCAUUACCUCCAUGAAUGGCCAGUGGCUGGGAUCCAGGUCCAUCCGCACCAAUUGGGCCACCAGGAAACCACCAGCGCCGAAGAAUGAAUUGAACUCCAAGCCGCUUACCUUCGAUGAAGUGUACAACCAGAGCUCGCCCACCAACUGCACGGUCUACUGCGGUGGUUUGACCACCGGCCUCACUGAAGAGCUGAUGCAGAAGACCUUCCAGCCCUUCGGGACCAUCCAGGAGAUUAGAGUCUUCAAGGACAAGGGAUACGCCUUUAUUAGAUUUUCAACAAAAGAGAGCGCCACCCAUGCCAUAGUGGCAGUCCACAACACAGAUGUCAACGGGCAGCCUGUCAAAUGCUCGUGGGGAAAGGAAUCCGGUGACCCCAACAAUGCUCAGGGUCAAGGACAGCUCGGAGGCACGGCAUACAGCCCAUUCGGCGCGGCGUACACUGCUGGUGGGGUGCCUCCAACCUCUUACUGGUACAACACGUACCCGCAACAGCUGGGAGGCUUCCUGCAAGGGGUACAGGGGGUACAAGGGUACUCGUACGCUGGACAGUUCGCGGGGUACCAGCAGCAGUACAUGGGAAUGGGCGGCGUCCAGCUGCCAUGGGCAUUGGGCGGCGGCGUGGGCGGUGUAGGCUCGGUCGGCGGCGUGGCGGCCAUGUCGCAGCCGCCGCAGGUGCUGCACUAUCCGGUACAGCAUUUCCAGGUGCAGCCUCAGAUCGGCGAGGACGAAUGGCUGGCUCCCAGCCUCCUGGUGUGAGGCCACCGCACCCUCCCGCCCGACUGCUGCUGCCUCCACAAGGACUGGUAGACCACUGGUAGACCAGCCCACUUUAUUUCCAACUUCGUUCAGUUGCAACCCACACCUUUCCAAACGAAGGAGCUCCAUGAGGGUACAAACACGGUCGAGUGCGGACAGUGUGAAACUCAGGCUAUAAGCCUAGCCCACCUUACAAAAGGUCGAACAUUUCAGAUCGAAAAAAAAAUGUGAGUCAUUCUUCUCUGAUAUGAUUUCUACUGCUGCUUAUGACUGCAUGAAAAUGCAUUAAAUUUAACAUAAAAAAUACUUUUAGAGGAUAUAUAGAUUUGGUAUAAGAUUAUUAUUAUAUUACUGGUAAGUUUAGUUUUAAGUUGAUGAUAAUAUCAGUUGUCACGCGGGCCAAAUGGGAUGGGGUAUUUGAUGAAAUACAAGAGCGAUUGAGAACGAGGCUAUGGUACCAAACAUCAUGUCAGCACAAGCAUAGUAUAAGUUUAGUGGAAAAAAAUGUAGAUUUUUGGAAACAUGUUUAGUAGGAAUCGUAGAAUAUUAGGCAAGGUCACAUCAGUGAGUGAGAAGUUUUUUAAGACAAUUUUAUAUCCGCUGAGAAUGGUAAGAAUGUACGAGACGAAAUAGAAUUAUUAACGAAUAGAGAAACGCAGAAAAUGGAUUCUACUUCAUUUAUUUCUUAUUUCAUUUGUUUCUUCUCGAUGCUAGUUUUUGCCAAAUUCUGAUCCAUAACGAAAUCAUGAUAAACUAUAAAUAACUACUGUUAUAAAAGAUGGUUGUGUCUAACUAUUAAAGGAUACACUUAAAAAACUUUGAGAAAAAAUACCGAAAAGUAGUGAAAUAUUAGAUUUAUUUAUUGAAUAGGUGACUAAGUGAAAAGAAAAAAUAUUUAUUGCAUAGAUGAUAAGAAGCAUUUAAUCUUUACUGUAGUUAGUAAAAAUGGGAGUGUGAAAUGAUGUUUGUUUGGUUUCUCUCAAAAAACGCGUCGAUUAUGAUUUGUGGAAAAUUUUGGCUGACUUUUAACUUUGCUUUUUAUUGUUUCUAUUCAACCAUAUUGACGUACGAGACUUCAUUCGGUUAUCUCAUUCUGUGUGAGCCCCAUAUAAGGGGAAGUUAGUGUUCUAAAAAAUAUUGAAAAAACGUUGUAGUUGUACUACAAAAAAUCUUUUUUGAAACUUUUUAAAAGGUGAGGGAUCUAUCCAUGUCACCUGACGUCUAUAUAAUAUUUUGUAAAUGAUGUAUUUUAUACAUUGUAUUGAAAGAUCUAUCGUUUGACUGUCGUAGUUACUUUCAUUGUUUCGAUUUAGCAUUAUAAUUUUGAGCAUGUAGUGAAAAAUUGAGAGACAUAUCGCUAGAAGUUAUUAUAAGAUAUUUAUAUAUAUAAAGAAGGAUAAUUAUUAUAUAGUUCAUUUCAGCUAAGGAACGAAUUGUGACGUCAAUUUUGUCAUUCAGUCAAUCGAGAAAUCGGAGAUGCGUAUUUUGAAUUAUGCAAAAGAAACCACCGGCAUAAUAUAAGUGGUUUGGAAUGCGAUAAACGAGAUGUGAUGUUUGCAUAUUCAAAAGGCGCGAAAGAGGUUCAACUUCUUUGAAAAAUAACUGAAUUAUAUCACAAAAUCGUACUACAAACCACUAGAUAGUCAAAUUUAGUUAUAAUCAACAUAUAAUGAUGCUAGGUUUUAGUAAAUGAAUUCAUUUAUGCCUAUAAUUGCUUGAAGUAGAGAAUAAUAGUAAGCAUACAUAUAUAUCCGAAUAGUAUGUAAGCUACAAUGUAACAGUAAUAUAUUGCCGACCGUCUUCUAUGUAGGAAAGGGCGUUUCGUCCAGAUCUUGGAACUCGACGUGUCGUUGCCUUCUGUCGUUGCUAUACUUCCUUCUACUAUUUACAUAAGUAUAUGCUACAUAUAGUUAAGGACGCAGAACGGCUUUGCUGUCUCCAUUAAUAUAAGCUAGAAAUAUAAGACGUAUGUUAAUAAUCAAAUCUCCAUUAUAAAAUGGAGUAUUAACUUUAGCUAGGCGAAAUUACAAGAUAUAUAAAAGUAUAUUAUAUAUACAAAAUUAUUGUGCAAAAUAAGACAUAAACAUUAUAUCGAUAUCGUUUAGAUAGGCUAUUGAAAUUUUAAGUGUUGUUUUUGUUUCAUUUAGACUUUUAAUUUAAUUUACAUUUAUAAUUUUCAUUUGUUUUCCUUUUUGGUUGGUCCAUUCCAUCGGAGUUAAGGUAUGAUAUUAUAUAUAUAAUUUUAAGUCCCAAAGAAUAACACCAAAUAUUAAUAAUACUCGACAUUAAAUUUUAAAAUGUAGAAUUGGCGAUAAAUAUGAAAAAAAAAACCAUAAAAAUAUUGUAAAAUCUUUAAAAUGCCUUAUUCGAUCUGUUUCUAAUUCUCUAUAUUAUUUUUGGUUUGUCAUAGAUGUCACAAAGUGUCAGAAUUGGUAUGUUCAGUGUUAUAACUUUUAGCCAACGAAAUGCCUUCAAAAUAACAAAAAUAAGUAACGAUCUAGUCAAAACUAGUCCACCAAAAACAAAGUCAAUUAGAAGUUUCAUUUAAUGACACAAAUAGUUCAUUUAUCGGCAUAAGUUUCAUUUAAUGAUUCGAUGAUUGGACAUACCGUUUCUCACACCUCAAGUGCCAAACAUUUUUCCUUUAUUCUUCGUGUUAAUAAUGAUCCGUCAUUUCCAAUUAAUAACACCAAAACUCAGACUUAUGCGAUAAACUUCUAAGACGAUUCUAAAUCUAGUUUUGCAGUCUUGAAAAUGUAAACACGUAAGAUCUUACCUAGAUAAUUAAACGUGGAAAGAGAUUUUCCCAAGAUUUUCGGAAAAUCUGGGAAGUUUUCCAAAAAGUAAAGAUUGACCCUUCUGGGAAAACAUUAACGUUUGAUAGCUUUUUAAAGCCGGGAUUGGGCAAGUAAAUAAUGUUAAAAGGAUCUAUUGAAAAGUUAGAAGCUGAAGCUAUUUUAAAAUAGCAAAACUUUAAAGCAAAAUUGAAAACAGACUUUUUAUGAUACCCUACUUAAGCAAUAAGCAGAAUUAUUAGAACUUCUGAAAUAAUUGUCACAAGUGUAAAAUUCACUGAUCGGCUCAGUCGCCUUGCAUGUAGGAAUGAUCGUAGGUUCUAAUACACUGAGGUCACAAAAAACACUUAAAACUAGAUUCAAUAUCAGACCUAGACUCUGUCUUGU